CCCUACCCUUCGGUGAUCAUCCCCACGUGGUAGAUGAGCCGACGAACGCCUUAGUCUUCCCGAAGGAGCUAAAAAAAUGUGGGUGGUAACUGAAAGCCUAGUUACCAUGUACGUACACAAGCCCUCCUGAUGAAACCCGUUAGAUCUCGAAGGCUCCUGGACGGGCCCGCGGAAGAGGAGUGGGGGGUUACACUAGACUUACGUCUCUCUUCCUUUCCCGAGCGUUACAUCCGUCUCCUCUCUGCUCUGCCUGCCCGUCGCCGUCUACCACCAGACGCGACGCCGCCAGGAGCUCAGCCAGGUCGUCGGCCGUCGUCUGACUUCCCUCUUCCCUGUCGCGCAGCUGCUCUGGCCGCACCAGAGAGUUUCAGCGGCAAACCCUUCUCCUCCAACUCGAAUUUCAAUUUCUUCUAAUUUGAGGGAUAUGGAUCAUGAGGGCCAGCCUGGAAGACAUUGAUAUGUGUCGUAGUGGAUGACGUCACCAUAUUAAUUAUGAACAUCUAAUUAUUGCGUUAUUAUUUAUUUGAUUUAAACAUCCAUUGUAGAACGUUAUUUUGAGACUUCCGCACUUGAUAGACUUUACUCUGACCUUUUCGUAAUUAACUGGGUGUUUGGAU